AUGCGAGCCCUAUGCCUUCACGUGCUGGGAGGUGCACUGAGCCAGGCCAGAAACAACGACGGAUAUCUAGAAUACUACGACCGACAGCUUUGGGAUCUGGCCGAGAUGGUUAUCUACAACUGGAUCCUUAUUUUCCAAAGCGAAGAGGCUGCCGUUAGUGAGCAUAUCAUGUCUUGUAUUGUAACAAUCUUCUCUCAAUUCCUUGCUGAUCAGAUUAGAACCCGAGAACGGCAAAUCGCUCGCUUUUUGAAAUGCGAGAAGGUCGAGAUGGGCUCAGAGUUUUGCGAUGAUUGCCCCAUUUGUGUGGAGGAAGUUAAACCCGGUGAAUAUAUCACAACCCUUGCUCCAUUCUGUACUCACUGGUUCAACAGCGGCUGCAUUAAUACAUGGAUGAUGAGCGACAACGAAGGGAAUAAUACGUGCCCUAUGUGUCGGACGAGACUUGACUUGAGUGGACGAGUGCCCCGUUACAAUUAA